UUACUCACACCAAAUCCAUCAACUCCCCACACAAACAACACACUUCUAUUCCUUAUUAUUCAUAGGGAAUCCAUUUACACAAGAGACACAGACACAGAGGUAGAAGAAGCAAGGAGACUGAAACUAUGGCAGCCACACCACAAGCAGCUGCUACACUUCUGCAACCCACCAAGGCAGGAGGGAUGCCUUCCAGGACCAGCAGCCUCCAGCUCAGGUCUACCCAGACUGUGUCAAAGGCUUUUGGGUUGGACCCCAGUAAUGCUAGGAUCACUUGCUCCUUGCAAUCUGACCUUAAGGACUUGGCUCAAAAGUGUGUUGAUGCUACUAAGCUUGCUGGAUUUGCUCUUGCUACUUCUGCUCUUGUGGUUUCGGGAGCAAGUGCUGAAGGAGUCCCAAAGAGGCUAACCUAUGAUGAAAUUCAAAGCAAGACAUAUCUGGAAGUAAAGGGAACUGGAACUGCAAACCAAUGCCCAACAAUUGCAAGUGGAGUAGACAAAUUUGCCUUCAAACCUGGCAAAUACAAUGCCAAGAAAUUCUGCCUAGAGCCAACUUCAUUCACAGUCAAGGCAGAAGGUGUAAACAAGAAUGCUCCACCAGAGUUCCAGAACACUAAGCUCAUGACACGCUUGACCUACACUCUCGACGAAAUGGAGGGACCUUUCGAAGUCUCCCCUGAUGGAACAGUGAAGUUUGAGGAGAAAGAUGGAAUAGAUUAUGCUGCUGUAACUGUGCAGCUUCCUGGUGGUGAACGUGUCCCUUUUCUUUUCACCAUCAAACAGUUGGUGGCAACUGGGAAACCAGAGAGCUUUAGCGGAGAGUUUCUUGUACCAUCCUACCGAGGUUCAUCUUUCUUGGACCCAAAAGGCAGAGGUGGCUCCACAGGUUAUGAUAAUGCAGUUGCCUUGCCUGCAGGAGGUAGAGGAGACGAGGAAGAGCUAGCUAAAGAGAAUAAUAAGAAUGUUUCAUCAUCAACGGGGAAAAUUACACUUAGUGUCACUGGAAGCAAUCCUGACACUGGAGAAGUUAUUGGAGUGUUUGAAAGCUAUCAGCCAUCUGAUACUGAUUUGGGAGCAAAGACUCCAAAGGAGGUCAAGAUCCAGGGAAUUUGGUAUGCUCAGCUUGAGUCGUAGAGCUCUUUUUCUUGCAUGAAUUUGUGUAUUUAUAUUCUUGGAUCAGAUUUUGCAAAGUGUUGAAGGUGUUGCUAAAACUUUCCUCUACCCAAUUGAGAUGAUCAAAUACUAUUGGAAGCAUAUAUUAAUGGAGAAAUUUCAAAGUCUUUUUACCAUAUAA